GCCAUCUUAAUCUAGAAGCAGGACUAAGGAAGGGGGGCAUCUGUUUAAUCUGCCAUCAUCCUUUUAAUUUUCAUAUUUUAAACGUUUAUUCUACAUUUAUCGUAUUCCCCAAGCACUUGUGUGAUGGCAGAUACAGAUAAAUUGAAUAUAGACAGCAUUAUAGCUAGGUUGUUGGAAGUUCGUGGAUCUCGCCCCGGAAAGAAUGUUCAGCUUACUGAAUCUGAAAUAAGGGGACUGUGUUUGAAGUCUAGAGAAAUCUUUCUCAGUCAGCCAAUUCUUUUAGAAUUAGAAGCUCCUUUGAAGAUAUGUGGUGAUAUACAUGGACAGUAUUAUGACCUUUUGAGACUCUUUGAGUAUGGAGGAUUUCCACCCGAGAGCAACUACCUCUUUCUUGGUGACUAUGUAGACAGGGGGAAGCAGUCAUUGGAAACAAUAUGUCUCUUGCUGGCAUACAAGAUCAAGUACCCAGAAAACUUCUUCUUACUUCGAGGAAACCAUGAAUGUGCCAGCAUCAACAGAAUUUACGGAUUUUAUGAUGAAUGCAAGCGGCGAUACAACAUAAAGUUAUGGAAAACAUUUACAGAUUGCUUUAACUGUCUACCUAUAGCAGCCAUCAUUGACGAAAAGAUUUUCUGUUGUCAUGGAGGUUUGAGUCCUGAUUUGCAGUCCAUGGAACAGAUUAGGAGGAUCAUGAGGCCAACAGAUGUACCAGAUCAGGGAUUACUGUGCGAUUUAUUAUGGUCAGAUCCUGACAAGGAAACUAUGGGAUGGGGAGAGAAUGAUAGAGGAGUGUCUUUCACAUUUGGUGCAGAGGUUGUGGCCAAAUUUCUACACAAACAUGACUUGGAUCUUAUAUGUCGAGCUCAUCAGGUAGUAGAAGAUGGAUACGAGUUCUUCGCCAAAAGACAAUUGGUGACAUUGUUUUCUGCUCCAAAUUACUGUGGGGAAUUUGACAAUGCUGGUGCUAUGAUGAGUGUGGAUGAAACUUUAAUGUGCUCAUUCCAGAUACUGAAACCUGCAGACAAGAAAAAAUUCCCAUAUGGUGGACUCAAUGCAGGCAGACCUGUAACACCACCUAGAGGUCAAACAAAGGGGAAGGCAAAAGUAUGAUAAGUGAAACAAAAAUCUUUUGGAAGGUUAGAAUUGGACACAAAGUUGACGAUGAUCAUUCAUGCGUCAGUCGCAAACAUUAAUAGUUUGACUUCUUGAGACAUUUAAUUCUCUGGACAUUAACAAAUGCCAGUGAAGAAUAUGCUUGUGUGUUGCGGCUGAUGUGAUUGACUGAAACAAAGUACUGUACUGCAAACAGUACAUAUGUUGUCUUUAGGAUGAAGUGGAUCUGAAGAUAUAGAAUGAAGGAGCACAUAAGUUUGAUUUUUGCCAUAGGGACUCCAUCCUGAAAGGACAACAUAAUUAAACAUUUAACGACAGAGAUGAAGUAGUAUUGGUGUUUACAAGUCCUGUUACAUCAGUUAAUGUUGUACAUUUAAUUUAAAAUAGAUUGUUGUAAAUGUAAUUUUUAUUCUAGCUCCUGUACAUGUCAACAUGAACUGUGUUCAGAACUGGAGCUGUGUAUAACAAGACAAUAUUUUAUGGCUUGGUCUGGUUUUCAUCAAUCUGUAAACAGUCCAGGCAAAAUCAUGAGACGACAAAAUUUUAUUAAAUCCACAUGCAUACAACAAAUUGUGUUGCGAUCAAAAUGUAAAAUAACAAGCGAGUGUUAAUCUAAGUUUGUCUGCCUUGUGCAAUUUUGCAUAUGAACCCUUGUUCUGCUUUUGUAGAACAUAAUAUUUCUCUGAACAAUGUUAAUUUCACAUUUGAUAUGCAGUCAUAAAACGGUCAUACAGAAAAUGUAGGAAAUAGAUUUUAAUGUGAUAUAGCAUGGUGUUGCACCAUACAUGUCCUACCUAUUUAGUUCACCCUCCGCAUUAUAGCAUACAGAGAACUUUUUCUCAAUUGCUACUAAGUCAUGAAGUGAAAGCUAGUCCCUGUACAGCUUGAAUAGGAAUGGUUCUGGAAAAAACAUGCUGGUACAUGUUGCAAUCUUUCCUUGCAUAUUUACUGAAUCACCAUUAUGACGCAAAUGAUAAACACUCGUUCAAUGUAUGUACAUAUGUCAUGAUUUGCCGACAUGAGAUUUUAAUUUUAACUUAUCUCAUUUCAUGUAUAUAAUUCUGUACAUUUGUAUUUUAGUUUUGUCUAAAUUUCUGUUUGAUAGAAUGAACCAUAAGAAGUAGGCUUAAUAUAUCAGGACCACCAACAUAACAAGUACUAUGUCAUUACGAACUGCCCAUUUGUGCUAUAACAACACAUCAGUGUAUAUGCUGAUAACUACAGAAGUAUGGGAUAUACAGGAAAGAACAUAAUUAUAACAAGCAAGGUUUUUUAAGUCACUAAUGUUUUUGUUUUUCUUAAUUUAUGGUGUAUAAUAUGUAGAUGAAAUGUAAACUGAUCGAUGAUCAUGUAAAUCUAAUACAUUAUUUGUUGUAUAGAAAACUGAUGACCGAAUAAAAAAGAUGUUUUGUAAGAA